AUGGCUCCCGUCACUGCCGAGCUGCUCGAUCAGCACUGCUCUGAAGUCAAACCCCUAAAACUGGAGAACAAAUGGAAGGCGGAGCAGGUGGAAAAAAUGCUACAAAGAUUCAAGUUGGAUGGAAAAACAAUGUUAAAAAUGGCAGAAAUUUUUCAAAGGGAAAUGGAAUUAGGUCUUGCAGAUAAACCAUCGUCUCUUUUAAUGGAAAAUACAUAUGUUCCUGAGUUGCCCAAUGGAACAGAGGAAGGCAAAUAUUUGGCAUUGGAUUUAGGAGGCACCAACUUUCGUGUCAUUCUUGUGGAUUUAGAAAAAGGAAGAAUCGUCAAUGAAAGAGUGAAACACUAUCAUAUCAGUGAUGAACUCAGAUUGAAUUGUGGCAUUAAACUUUUUGACUUUCUGGCAGAAUGUAUCUCUGAAUUCGUCAUUGAAAAUGGUCUUGCAGAUCGAGUAUUGCCAAUGGGUUUUACAUUCUCUUUCCCAAUGCAUCAGCAUGCCCUUGAUAGUGGAAUUUUAAAAGUAUGGACAAAAUCGUUUGCCUGUCCUGGUGUUGAAGGGAAAGAUGCUGUCAAGCUCUUGAAUGAGGCUAUUCACAGGCGUGGAGAUAACCAUGUUGAAUUGAUUUGUGUCCUUAAUGAUACCACAGGUACGCUGAUGCAAGGUGCUAUGUUGGAUAAAGACACUGCUAUUGGAUUAAUCCUUGGAACUGGUACAAAUGCUUGUUACCUUGAGCGGGCAGAGAGAGUUCAACACUGGGAAGUUGAAAGGCAUGGAGAAAAACAGGUUGUCAUAGACAUUGAGUGGGGUGCAUUUGGUGAUAAUGGCUGCAUCGAUUUUGUCAAAACUGAAUUUGAUAGAACUGUCGAUGAAAAAUCUUUAAUACCAAAAUCGUUUACGUUUGAAAAGAAAAUUGGUGGAAAAUUCAUGGGAGAACUUGUUCAAGUAGUCUUAUGCAGUUUGACAAGGGAAGGACAUCUAUUCAAUGGCAUACCAUCAGAUAAACUUCUUCAGCAUGGUCACUUCCGAACCAGUUUUGUGUCUGGUAUUGAAGAGGACUCGAUCAAUGGCACCAAAGGGAACACGGAAAAAAUUCUAGAUGAUUUAGGACUAGAUUAUGACGAUGAUGAUGUCAAAAUUGUUCAAUAUAUCUGUCAUUUGGUGUCUCUUCGGGCAGCUCAGUUUGUUGCAAUCUGUGUGUCUCAAAUAUUAAUCCGAAUGAGCAAACCCCAGGUUACAGUCGCUGUUGACGGUUCUCUGUUCAAAUUCCAUCCAAGACUCAGAAUAUGGAUGGAAAAAUACACAAAGCUCCUGGCUCCCAGUCAUCCGUUCAAGAUUGUUCUGGUUCAAGACGGAAGUGGAAAAGGUGCUGCUUUAGUUUCUGCCAUUGCCAAGAGAAUAACUGAAAAAUACUGA